GCCGAUAUAAUGCCAUUAUACAAAUCUAUGGUGCAUGUGGAAUACUGUGUAUAGUUAUGGUCUCAACACCUCAAAAAGGAUUAUUACAGGAAAGGGAAACCAAAAUGAUCAAAUGGGUAGAGAAAUUCCUCUAUAAGGAAAAGUUGCAAUGUUUAGGACUUCUCCGUUUAAAGGCAAGGAAGAGGUGACAUGAUAGAAGUUAUGCAUGCCAUGGAGAAAGUGGAUAGAAAAAUGUUCCCCAUCCUCUCUGAUAACACCAGGGCUGGACCUAGAAAACAUCAAAGAAGCAAUUCAGUUUAAGGUGUUGCAAACUCAUACAGUACAGAGUAAUUUGGUAGGGAACCGAAGGAUUCCACAGCGCCAUCUGGUGUCACAGUGUUAUAUCACAUAUACAACGUAUAUAAAACGCUUUUUCUUUUCCAAUCUUGCCGAGUCCCAAGGCAUGCAACGAAGCUGAACGUUGGAAGAUUCAGGGCUUUUUCCAUGCAGUGCAUAGUUAAAUCAUGGAACAUGCUCCCACAGGGUGCUGUGAUGGCCACAGACUUGGGUGGCUUCAAAAGAGGCUAUCAAUGAUUACUAGCCACAAUGGCUAUGCGCUGCCUCCACAAUCAGAAGCCGCAAUACUUUUGAAUACCCACUUUCUGGGAACCACAGGAGGGAAGAGUCUUCUUGUAUGAAUCAGGAAUUGUAUUGGGUUGAGUAUGAUUUUGUGGGGUGAUAGACGGUCUUUGAGCGCCCUGUAAUGUUGCGUACUUGUCUCUCCUCAGGAUUAGCAAAAACAAAAUAAAGGGUGGGGGGGACUGAAAAAAUAAAUAAAUGCUUUGCUUUGCUUAUAAGACACAGUUCUCAGAAUUCAGUUUUUCUCUUUCUGAAGAAUUUAAUACCUGGUGGUGAUAACUCUUCUCUCCUUACCCACAACACCCUGGCCGUUGGGGGCCCCCUCCCCAGGCAGACCCGUCCCCUCUGGUCCUUCUGCAGGAGGAAGGCCCUCCUCCCGAGCCCCAGACCAGCGAGUGGUCCGUGAUGUUCAACUUGAUGGGAGGUGGGCUGUUGUGUGCAGCCUCCGGCCUGGUCCUCCUCAUCGUUGCCACGGCGACAGACUUCUGGAUGCAGUACCGCUACUCAGGCAACCUCAGCAACCAAGGCCUCUGGCGGUUCUGUGUGGGGAACAAGUGCCACCCCCACACCAUCACACUCGGUAAUGGGGCACUGCACAACUUUUAAGAAAAAGGCUAUUUACUGCAUUUGGAUCCCUCAUAUGAAAAAUGGUUCGUGAUGCCCAUGAGAACACAUGAUUAGCUUGCGGGCAACCCGCUUCUGAGCAGGAAGCCAGGGUGUGAGAGAACCAGAGGUGGUGUAGUGGUUAGAGCAUUGGACCAAGAGUUGGGAGAGACCAGGAUUCAAAUCCCCACUUAGCCAUGAAGCUCACAGGGUGACCUUGGGCCAGCCACUGUCUUUGUGGGUACAUAAAGAGCAAAGGUAGCCAUUUUGGUCCAAAAUCACCGUUGUGGAAUAGUUAUUGGGACCAGCCAUGCAAGAGGUUACACACAACACAGAGUGAGGGGGAGGAGGAUUAAAAAAUAAUAAUAAUAAUACAAAAAUUGGGCUGACAAUGUAGCCAUGAGGUCAGUUUGUAGAUUCAACUCUCCAGACCACCUUUUGCAAUCAGUGACCAGCUUUGCCUAAAUGUAUCCUCAACAGAUUUAGGCUAACUUAUCCUUAGCUUUGCUUGAUAAUUAUCCUUACUCUUGGCUAAUUUUUUUAAAAAUUAAGUUAAUAUCUUUGGCUAUUCACUACUACCCUAUGUCCUGCCACUUGGAUAAGAAAAAGCACCCAGCUAUCUUAAAGAGGGACUUCUAGAUCCCAAUUUGCAAAAUUCAUUAGCAAAUUCAGGGCAAAAGGCGUUUGCUCACCACUGGUCUACAGCCUAGUAAUAAUUAUCAACCUAUUUAGCAACACUAAUGUUCCUAGAUGUUUUUUUCAUGGCUAGGUGGAUCAAUCCUUUGCCAAAAGCAGUUAUGGAAGCCAAGUGUAGCUAGCAGGCUGCCUUGACAACCUGAGAAUCCAUCUUUGCAAAAGUGGCCCAAUUCAAAUGUUAGCGCAUGUCCUUCUAUACUGUAAUUUUUACAGGGAUAUAAGAUCCUGAUUUACAUCUUCAGUACUUUCCUCACAAUUGGGAAACUCGGACGAAGUUUAUGUUUCAAGUUGAAUGGCUCAUUCUAACUCUAAAAUCACGGCAUGGUUGUUGAUAUAAUCCCAUUUUACAUACCAGAAUUUGUAUGCCUGAAUAUUGUGAUCUCCUCCACUUCUGCUGUGGUCACCUUGAUAGGGUUUUGGGGCUGUGGCUGUAGAGCAUCAGCUUUGCAUGCAAUCCCCAGAAUCUCCAAGUAAAGAUCUACCUGCCGCUGGUUGGUGCGCACGAUACUGAGCUACAAGGACAGAUUCCUGUGUUCCUAACCCCACUUGAGGUUAAGCUAAGUCUCUGGCUGGCCUCUCACGCCUACCGACAGCCGGUGGGAAUUGAACAGGGGGUUGCACGCAAAAGAUGUGCUCUGUAGCUGAGCCCCAUCUUGAGGAGGCGGAGGAGAAACCCCUAAACCUAUAGCCUGAGGCAGGGCUGGGCUGGGCUGACAACAACUGCCCCUGCAGGUCCACCCCACAGGGGUGUAGCUAGCUGCUCUGACACCCAGAGUGGCAGGGGCGGGACGAUUUGCCCAGGGGGGCAGGCGGUGAGGCACGGCACAAUGAGCUGCCCACGCAGUCCACCUGGUGAACACAAGCCCCAUGCUGCCGUUUUGGGCAGCGCGGGACCCUGAGCCACUGUGUCAGUCCCAGGAGAGACUCAUGGCUUGGGCGUGUUGCAAGCCAGGCCCUGCGGUAAGUGCCGCCUGUGCGGUGUGCCAUUUUGUCACCCCCUCAGGGAUGACACCCGGGGCGGGGCAGGCCACCCCCCUCGCACCCUCCUUCCUAUGCCUCUGCCGCCCCCCUGCCUUUGCCCAGACUGCAUCUCCGGAUUGCUGCUUCUCACUGUGCCUUCCUCCCUGCACAGCAUUCUGGGAUGCCACCAGAGCCUUCAUGCUCCUCUCCAUCCUCUCCUCCUUCGCCGGGAUCGUAUUGGGGCUGACCAUCUACUCCAGUAGUGCCCGAUCCACACGCACUCGCUCUGCAGGAAUCACACUCUUGAUCGCAGGUACGUGCUGAAGUGCAGGUGGGUUCCCACGAGGCCAGACAGGGUGAUAACAGCAAGAACCUUUACUGAACAAACAGAACUGGACAACAGGGGCAAAGCAACUGCUUAUAUACAUUUCUGAAGGCCUGGGCCACUCCCACUCCCAACGUGAUUGGCUGUCCAAACUUCCAAGCUGCGAAUCAUAACUCAGAGGUUAAGGGCCAAUGGCAGAGGCCCAAAUCCUGAAAUGUUCUGUGAUUGGAUAUCAUGUAUCGAAUCAGAACACAGGGGCUCAGAAUCCUUAGUCCAAAACUCAAGCUCAAGCAAACACAGACCACUGAACACAUAACACGUGCAGCAGGCUGGAGGAAUCCAGAUUAUUGAACAACCCAGAGCAGAAACACUAGCCUGCUAUGCAUAGGGCAGCUGUCAGCCCCCGGCUGACUAUGCCUCUCCUCCCCACUCCCAGAUCUACUUGCCAGCCUUCGCUUACAUGGUGCCCUUCAGAAUUUUUGUGUGGCAUUUCUGCUCCGAUAACCCCCAAACCUCUACUUGCAAGAACCCUAAAAAUCCCAGCAGUUGGCCAAAGGUCCUUGCUGAGAAAAUGGGAUGUGUGGAAUGGGAUGGUUCCCCCACAACCUCACUCUGGGCUCCUUCCCUGUCUACCCUUCCUUCCUCCAGGACUCUUUGCUUUGCUGGGUAUCUCGGUGUAUACGGGAGUGACAGUGAGUUUCUACGGAAAGCGUUACGCCGAAUGGAGGUUCUCCUGGUCCUACAUUCUGGGAUGGAUCGCUGUCAUCCUCACCAUCUCAGCAGGUACCAGGAGCGUCCCUCAGUUUCUCCACCCCAAACAUGGGUGUGGAUCCAAGGGGCAUAUGGUCUUUCCAAAGGAAUUUAUUUGCAUAUCUUUUCCUAUGUUAUUUAUUUAUGCUAAGGUUAAGAUAGGGAGCCCACUUGCUACUUCUACUACCUUUGAAAGCUUGGGGGUGGCAGGCUGGGAUAGGGCCUUCUCUGUGGCAGCCCCUAAGCUGCCCACAAAAAUAUGCCUGGCACCUUCAUUACACAGCUUCCAACAAAUGCUGAAGACACACCCUGGCCUUUGACACAUGGGGUGUAUAUUUUAGGACCCACCUUCUUUCUGAGCUUUUUAAGUUGUCUUAAACUGUUUUUAUUAUUGGGCUUAAAUUAUUGUAACCUGUGACCUUAGGGCGAAGGGCAGGUAAUAAAUUAUAAAUAAUAACAAUAACUAUAAUUCUCAUGAUUCACUGGCUUCCCCGUUCUCUCCUCAGGUGUGUUCCACAUUUGCGCUGUCCCCAGGAACUCAUCCUCUGACGGCUCUGACGUGGCAAGCGGUUGACCCUGUGGGACGCUGGCCCAAUUCCAUCCUGUCUAGAUGUCUGAGAUUAUUCCCACUUGGGACUCCUGACUUUGUCGCUGCCUCUUCCCUCAUAAGCCCUCCCCAGAUUGUCUUUCUGGAUCUGCACAACAAUUACACAAAAAGUCAAGAAGGUUGCUAUUGAGAUGCUGGGGAAAACCCUAUAGAAAUAGCUCUCCAUGUCAUUGCCACACUCUCAAGGAGUGGUUGAAGUAUGAUUGAAUUGCACUGCCAUUUUUAUAUUUUAUUUUUAGGGAGGAGCUGGCUUUUCAAUGGCCUUGGCAAGGGACUCCAGUUGAGUCCUCCAUGAGCCAAUCCCUGCAACAGCCCUUGCCAACCCCGUGCCCUCCAGAUGAUCUGUACUACAACUCCCAUCAGCCCCAGCCAGCACAGCCAUUUUGGACUACACCGUCCAUCAGGCUCAGCCAGCAUGAUGGAAAUUGCAGUCCAAAACAUCUGGAAGGCCACUCAGUUGAGGAAGGCUGAUCCAUAUACUUACUACUGCAUUCGCAUCGAGCGCAUUCAUCCCCAGGCCAAUAAGGCUACAAUCCCAUACCAGUUUAUCUGGCACUAAGCGUCACUGAAUUCAAUGGGACUUACUUGUGAGUAAACAGGAAUAGGCUUCCUCUGCUUCUCUCCCAGGUAAACUAUAACUUAGACUCCCUGUUUCCACCUCUUUUGCACUGGGCAAAACAACUGGGAGGAAGGCUAGGUAAAAAACCAUGAUGCUAGGAGAAUAAUGAGUAAAUAAGUGUGGUUCAGCCACGACGGCAUUCUUGUUAUUGGUGCAGAAACGCUGUCAUUUUUCUCCCCAGGCCUUUGUCCUGCCUCAGGUCUCUAGUCCAGGUUCAUGACAUUUGUGACAUAAAUUCACUAGAGGGCAGCAGCUACCAAGCCAGUGGAGGAUUCAGCAAUCUGCAAGCAGCAAACCUCUGAUGUGAUCCAAGUGCAUGUGGUGGUCUGCACACCAAACAUUUAAAGCACAUGACCUCCCCCCCCAAUAAUCGUUUGUUAAGGGUGCUGGGCAUUGUAGCUUUCUGAGGAGUAAACUACAGUUUCCCAGCAUUCUUUAGGGAAAGCCAUGUCCUUUAAAUGUCUGGUGUGUGCUCAAUCUAUGUCAGUGUGCUUGCUGAUGCUCCCAAGGUGUUCAGCCCGAGGAAAAAGGCUUUUGGAUGCUGGAGUGGAGACAAGGCAAACCUAGCCAGUCUCUCCUGUCAAUUUUGGACAAAACCUGGCCUGCCUCACCAAGGGCCACGUUGUUUUCCCAAGUCCUUGCAUUGAACAGGAAAAAUAAACACCCAUUUUCUCUCCAGUGUUUGCUUGAGCUGUGAUUCACAGGGCCCAUUCACAAGGUACACACCUCCUUAGUCACCGGGGAGCACUUGUGGGCCAUUCAUGUUUUGCCUGCAAAUCAGGCCACGGAUGGAGUAGGCGACUGUGGGAAUCAUCCCAUGACUGACCACAUGUGGCAUGUAGAAGUACCUAACAAAAUAUUCCUUUGGACCAAAUCACACUGGACUGGGAUUCAAAAAUAGCAACUUCCAGUCACUCUUGGGUGAGUUGUUGUAGGUCAGGUGGGCAGUGGCCAACUGAUCAGGUUGGGAGGGGUGGAAGGCUGCCCUGCUCGCUCCUGAGCCUUUCGCAGCACCUGGCAGGUGCAGAAAUAGAAGGUUGAGACUUUUCAUGUUGUGGAGUCGAGCUGCUGCUGUUAAAGGCAUGGGAAACAGGAGCUGGGAACUCUGGCGGAUGGGUGUCACUUUCUUUUUCGCACACACUGUUUCAAGAAAGCAAAGCGCCGCAGUGCUCAGGAUUUUACACACAGUUCAAAGUGCAGCUUUUAUUACCAUAGUUUUCUCUUGGGACCUUUUCGUCCCGGAAACCAAAGGCCUUUCGGUUCCAUGCAUGGUGUUCACAAUGUGCCAUGAAAAGAAUCUCUCUGAAAGAAACUGUUUUGACAAAAGUGGGAGAAAGCAAGAAGGCGCUAUUUUAGAACAGGAAUCCUGCCAGCAUGCUUCAGCCUUCACGAAUCUGCUGCCCUGUUUCUGCUGUUUUGAAUGCAUUAAUUUGCUAGCAUCAGGGGUGGGAAGGGGGGGGGGGGUCAUCUGUGGAUUGGAUUAGGGUUGCCAGGCAGCUUGGCCUGCUCCUUUGCACAGGAAAUUGGGGGACAGAAAUAAGGUGGUGGCAUGGAGAGCCAGAUUAAAUCCUUUAGAGGCCCUAAGCACUGAAAAAAUUAUGGUGUCCCCCCAUGUAAUUAAAAAAUAAAAACAAUACUCAAUUGU